GGCAGUUAUCGUAUUUUGACAGAAUAUCGACGACUGUUCGCCACGAAAAUGAGCAAAGGCUGCUGGAAAUUCGACGACGAGGAUAGAGCAUUGUACAUAGACCUCGAAGACGAAGAGACUGAAGAGGAUAAACAGAAGAAAGUGUACAGUUACUGGGAUCAGACACCCGACAUACUCCUAGAAGAAAUAUUUUCCUACCUUACAAUUCGUGAACGUUAUUACGCAUCUCUGGUGUGUAGAUCAUGGUACCGUGCUUUUAAGUUACAAAAUGUUUGGUCUACGUUUACAUUAGAGGAUACCACUCUCACCCGAGGCAAGUUCAAUUAUUAUAGUGGCUGGCAAUAUGUCUUGGAUCAUAUGAGAACUUCUACUUGCUUGAAUAAAGUCGGAAGGAAUUUUCGAACUCUGAUCUUCGAACCCAUGCUGAACUUUUAUAAUCUCUAUGAAUUUAUGAAUAUGGUAUCUUGGUACACUGAAAGACAAGGAUCAGAUAAUACAUCUGUGGCAGGGGUUGGUACUUAUAUCAGAAGACUGAGAUUCACAUUUCCUUGUAACAUGGCAAACAGAGAUGAUCCUGAUCGUAUCAGACUCUUUGGUACCGGUGGAAAAUUGCUAGAAGCAUUAAAAAGGCUCAUGCGAAAUUUGCAAAACUUGAGAUGCUUAGAACUAAUAGAUCUUAUGUUGGACAGUAAAGAGGCAUUACAUUUAAUGGAUGAUAUUUGUGUAAUCUGUACACAAACAUUAUCAAAGUUGGUACUAAUUAAUACUACAAGGUAUUAUUGCCCCCUUCUUCACAUUGGAGUGUUUCUUAAUUUAAAUACACUAGUCAUUAGUCCUCAAAAUCUUCAUGAAGAUGUGAUAGACUUAAUUGGCUACACUAAAUUGGAGCAUCUUCACAUUGUCCAGAAUCGAUAUAGUCCAAAGGAUACCACAAUGAGAUUGCCUAAAAGAUCGUCUUGGAUAAAAAUGAAGAAAAAUAAUCCAUAUCUCAAAGUUCAUUUUGAAGUGGAAAGUCAUAAACCAACUGAUAUACUUUUGCCUAUCGAUUUACUGGAGCACGGCGGUAUUCCAUGUCACAGUAUUGUUUUGGAUAAUCCGAAUACACAGAUUUCAUCUACCACUAUUCUUGCUCACGGAACAUUCUUUGAAUCGACGCUAAAAGUAUAUGCUUUCAAAGGGCUAACGAGAUACUUCUUGCAUAGAAACUUUGCAGAGAGAUUGGACGAAGCAUUAGUGCAAUUCUGCAGAAUGUGUCCAAAUCUUCACACACUGAUGAUCCGAGAUAAGGUAUCGACGGCUACGAUUUUAGAAAUCGUUUCCACCGCUAAGGACUUACGUUGCUUAUACGUUCGACGGAAUGUAGUGUUGAAGAGAUGCGAUAGGGAUUGGUUAAAAACAAUGAAUUGGUCCACGGAGCAUUAUCAGUGGAUCAAAACGAACAGUCGCAGCUACGAGAACACAGAGAGAGAAGUCUCGAAAAUAUUAAAGUACCGAUGGCACAUGCUAUCUGAAAAGGAAUUUAAGAAUCAAACGUUGAAGUUACACAUAUAA